AUGAAGUUCUCCCUCAUACUCCCCGUCCUGGCAUGCGCCUCCACCGUCCACGGCGCCAUAACCUGGACCCUUGCCAAAGCAUCGAAUCCAACCGCAGACCAGAGCGACGCCUACGCGAAAAUCGAAGCCGCCAUGCGUCUUGCCGUCGCGCGCUACGGUCGCUACUCAUCCGCCUCAAAAACAAUCCGCGUUGCCUACUCACCCGGCGUGCCGACCGCAGAAGCAAAUUUUAACGGCGACCUGCGCUUUGGUUCGAACAGGGCGUACAUGAAUGAGCGCACAGCCAUGCAUGAGAUCAGCCAUACGCUAGGGAUUGGGCAGACGAGCGCGUUCAACACCAAAUGCGCAGCUGGAGACUGGAGGACUGCGCUGCCACUACUGAGGAGCUGGGAUGGUGCGAGUGCGGUGAUCAACUGUGGUGGUGGGCACAUUUGGCCGUAUGGGUUGAACUAUGAUAAUGAAUGGAGUGAGACGAAUGCGAAUAGGCAUGUGCAGCUUAUUGGUGCGAUGAUCAAGGAUGGAUUGCAGGGCUAG